UGACGUCAUGGCCGGUGAAAAUCCCCCGUGGCCGCGGGAGCGGCGGUGGCGGCGCGGCCCCGCGGCCCGGCCCGGCCCGCACCAUGGCCAAGCACCACCGCACGCCGGCGCGCUCCGCCGAGCCCGUCAUCGAGGUCAAGAGCAAGUUCGACGCUGAAUUUCGCCGCUUUGCCAUGAAGCGCUCCAGCGCCGGCAGCUUCCAGGACUUCUACCAACUGCUGCAGACAGUGCACCAGAUCCCGCGGGUGGAUGUGCUCCUGGGCUACACCGACAUCCACGGCGACCUCCUGCCCAUCAACAACGACGACAACUACCACAAAGCCCUGUCCUCUGCCAACCCCCUCCUCAGGGUCAUCAUCCAGAAGAAGGCAGAGUCUGACGCCAGCGUCUUCGCCUCCAACUCCCUGCAGCGCAAGAAGAAGGGGCUGCUGCGGCCAGCGCACUACCGGGCCAAGCCUCACCUGCUCAUCGGGAUGCCGCAGGACUUCCGCCAGAUCUCCUCCAUCAUCGACGUGGACAUCCUGCCCGAGACGCACCGGCGCGUGCGGCUGCACAAGCACGGCUCCGACAAACCGCUGGGCUUCUACAUCCGCGACGGCGUCAGCGUGCGCGUGGCGCCGCAGGGCGUCGAGAAGGUGCCCGGCAUCUUCAUCUCCCGCCUGGUGAAGGGCGGCCUGGCCGAGAGCACGGGGCUGCUGGCCGUGAGCGACGAAAUCCUGGAGGUGAACGGCAUCGACGUGGCCGGCAAGUCGCUGGACCAGGUGACGGACAUGAUGGUGGCCAACAGCCACAACCUCAUCAUCACUGUCAAGCCGGCCAACCAGCGCAACAACGUCAUCCGCAGCAGCAAGGCCUCGGGCAGCUCGGGCGUGUCCACGGACAGCACGCCCAGCCAGCAGACCCCCAGCCCGGCCUCGCAGUACCUGAGCAACUACAGCACGGCCGAGAGCGACGAGGAGGGCGACCUGGUCAUCGAGAGCGACAGCGCGUCCCACUACGUCCCCGGGGGCUGCCCCAACGGGGGCCCCGCCGACGGACCCCGCCCGCCCAGCCUGUCCCCGCACAGCUCGCGGGGCUCCCUGCAGUCCCUCGGCAGCCACGACGGCAGCCCCGGCCGGGGCAGCGGACGGGAGGAUGGCACCCUCCUCACCCUAUAGCUGCAGGGGCCUGUGCCACUCGGGUUUCUGCUCAGCCGGGCUGGAUGUGGACACCAGGGUGAUGGUGUGGCCAGCGGGCAGGGCUGGAGAGGGGCUGCCCGCUGCCCUCUCCCCGUGACCCCCACUGUGGCACCCACUCAAGCUGGGCACUGCCCCUUUGAGACCCCUUGCCUUCCCUUCCAAGCAAGUGGGGGUUUUUAAUUGUUUUAUUGAAAUAUGCAUCAUUAAUAUAUUGCAACGGACAGUAAAACUUUUUCUAGAAAGCACCACGCCUGUCCCUGGUUCAUGUCACUGCAGGGAGGAGGGGGACAGUGGGGGUACCCAGCCCAGUGCACAGCAGGCAGUGCCUGAGGACAGUGGCCUUAGCACACUUUUUGACUUUGCUGCUGUGCUGGGCAACUCCACUGAGACCCGUGGUGCUGUCCCAGAACACAUGUCCAGGCUGUUUGGGGCAGCCACCUGGCCUGAUGCAGUCAGCAUUACUUGGCCCCUCCAUUCCCACUUGUCCCUGCUACUGGGCCUCACUAAUGCAGGGGGCACCUUGGCUGUCACUCAGCCCUGCAAAUGCUGCUGGUGAUAGUGCAGCCCCAUCUUCCUCCUUCAGCCCCAAGCUCAGGGCAGGGGGGUCCACACCUGUCCCUGCUGCUCUGCUGGGCUCCCAGCACCCUCAGUCCCUCUCCCAAAAGUGCUAAGCUGAUGGUGGCACUCACUGCUGCCAAGGGCUUGUGGUGGCACUGGCAAGGAGGAAGACCUGCAGCUCUCAGGGUCUGAAAAGCCCAAUUCUCCAUUCAGAGCCUCAGGGCAGGGCAGGUAGGGAGUGCAGCAAGGGCUGAGGACACUCAUGGCACACAGCCAGGGCCAGACAGACCAGAGAGCAGAUCUGACAGCAGGGCUGGUUAGCCCAGGCUUGUUUUGGGCAGGGAGGUGCCCAGGGCUGUGCCCAUGGCCCCCAGUCACUCUCACCUGGCCGGCUCAGCCUGGCUCUGAGGUUUGCCCUGAGGUGGCCCCAGGGGCAUAUGGGGUGAUUUUCCAGUUGGCAUCUCACCUCCUCCAGCCCUUGAGUGCCAAAAUAUUCCCCAGCCCUUGGCAGUGGCAUCAACCCUGAUGUCCCAGGGCACUGCAGUGUGCCAGGUGACACAGACAGGGCUAGAAUACUCCACAAUAUUCCCACCCCACAAAAUCCUGCCCAGCAUGGAGCAAUUCCUGCAAAAAGACAGCUGCUUGGGGGAUCCACGCACAGUAUCCCCACCCUGUGUAGCAGAAGGAGACAGAACAAUGGCACAAGCUGCAUGAAGGGAAAACUUGAUGGGAUUUCAGGGGAAAAAGUGUUCCCCCUAAGGCUUGCACUGUCUGGAGACAGAGCCCCAGCAAGGUGAUUGGGGCAACCCCAUACUUGGAGAUUCUCCAAAUUUAGCUGGAUAUGGCUCCAAGCUGUGGCACCAAGCUCUCCAGCCAUCCCUUACAGCUUAAAAUUUUCUUUGCUUGAUGCAGCAAGAUCCCUGCAAAGGUCUGCACAGGUUCCUGCAUGGCAUCUGAAGGUAAGGCAGCAGUGAG